AUGGAAGCUUUAGCCGCUUUCGCGAAUGGCCGCAACUCCCAAAACCCUGGGAUGAACGACAACAUCUCUUCGGAUUCCUUCUACACGGCACCUGAGACUACUGACUCCAAGGACAUUCCACGUUCUUUUGCCCAGGUCGCUACUAAAAUGAAUGCCAACCAUUGGCGCAAGGCUAACGAGAGCGGUGGGCGGCGCAAUUCGAUCCUGCCGCACGAAGCCAAUGCUGUGGUGGAAUCGAAGCCAAGAGUGGCCAUGUCUGCUAUAAAACAAAAUGGUCGGAUUUCCAAACGUUCAAAGAAUGCCAACGUUUUCCGUUCCCAGACUGCAACUACAAAGAAACCAUCAGCUCUUUCAUGCAAUCAGACGCCCUCCCGAAGUCCCAGUUACGUAUUUUAUGGCAACCGCACAAUAGCCCGCAACCUAAACGUCCGCGAACUUGUACACGAAUGGCGCAACACUCAGGUCACGCAGUGGAAGCUGGAGAGUAUCCUAUGUGAGUCCAAGGGAAAGAGCUUCGAAAUCCCGGAGAUACUCUGGCCGAAUAUUCUACAACACUCGGGAAAGCACAUCUCCAAUGAAAACAGGAUCUUCACAGCAGUGCUGGUCGACCCAGUAUCCGACACCGAGCCCGAUACGGAUCGCGAAAUACGCAGCCCUAGACAACUUUCAACUCGGAGCACAUUUGACCCCAAGUGA